AUUUUCCCACUAUCCAUUCAAUCAACAACAACCAAGUGACAAAAAGAAAUAGAAAUGCUACCAGAUUUGGAUGAUCUUGCUUCAACAAUCUCCUUCUUCGAUCUGGAUUGCUCAUCCACUAUUUAACGACCCAAUCUUCAGCUCCACAAACCCACAUAGAUCACUUUCCGGAUUCAUUUGGACUCUUUAACGCAGAUCGAUCGGCAACCUAAAAUUUCCAACAGAAGCUGAAAAUCUCAAAGUGACCUCUCUUGGGUCUUACUUGGUUCAAUCUCAGUUGCAGGUUGGACCAUACACAGUCAAUUUUGUGUUUUCUUAUUUUCAUAUCAAAACCAAAAAACAAGGUUUCUCAUAAGAAAUGGCAGAUGAAUCGAACAACGUCAUUGAAAUCCUAGAGGAGAAUAUUCCAAUUGAUUUCGCCAAAUACAUCAGUUACAUUCAAGCACCACAUUGUGGAGCCAUAUCAACAUUCUUCGGAACAACACGCGAUAACUUCAAUGGGAAAACUGUGGUUGAGUUACAUUAUGAAGCUUAUGUUCCAAUGGCGGUUAAAUGCAUAAAAUCGAUAUGUUCAUCUGCCAGAUCAUCGUGGAACCUCAACGGAAUUGUAGUUAUCCACAGGCUUGGUUCUGUGGCUGUUGGUGAAACGAGUAUUUUUGUGGCUGCAUCGUCGGUUCAUAGGGGAGAUUCUUUAGAUGCUUGCAAGUUUUUGAUCGAUGAAUUUAAGGCGACGGUUCCCAUAUGGAAGAAAGAAGUUUAUUCUGAUGGUGAAGUUUGGAAGGAAAAUGCAGAGUUUAUGGAUAGGAGAAUGGAUCUUGGUGAUGAUGGUAUGAAUGGUGGUUAUAAGAAGAAGGGUUGUUGUAGGAAAGAAGAUAAAGUUGGAUGUUGAGGUUCAUAUCAUCAUAUGGAAACUUUUGUACCAUCAUUUUUAUUGUUAACCUUAAUAAGUACUUCUUCUCAAUAAAAAUAUUUAUGAAAAAUAGUUGAAUA